GUUGUGCAGAGCAAACGUUAUUCUCAUUAAACGUUGCCACGCUUUAUUUGACGGUCAUAUCAUAAAGCGAUUACAAUACUAUUCGCUGAAAGUAGCUACUUGCUGCCUCGCAUGACUGUGUAGAUCUCAGAGUGUUCCUUGCUACAAUAACUUUGUUCCCGUGGUCAGAUUCGGGGAAUAGCUGAAAAUUCACACAAGUUAAUCGCUCAUCUUUGAUAGAAUUUUUGCAGCGAAGAAGAUCGACAAUAUUCGUUUAUGAAUAUAAAUAAUGACUUCCAUGGUUGUUUACUGAUGGAAUUAAAAGGGUUUUGGACUGAUUGCUAGGUCCCUUGGAUAACUUCUACUAAAAUGAGGCGAAGUUACACGAUACAAAUUUACAAACAUGCAAUUCUCAGCUAGUGCCAGUAAUUAAAGUACCUGAUGAACGUGAUCUAAAGCGUAAGCGUGAUAUUUCUUCACUAACACUCAGGGUGGUUUCCUGUGCCAUCAUAAGUACCUGAAUUUAAAUGUUGUUUCGAUAAUUUCAACUCGAUUCCAUUUCAAUGUUUACUGAAGAGAAACUUGAAGAUAUGGGCUCCACCUCGUCUGACGUGGCAGUGCCAGUCAUAUCUACGACUCAAGAUGAGGGUUCAAACGAAGAGUCGAAACUUUCUGUGACGAAUCUUGUCAAUGUUGAACCGCUCAGACAUCGUGAGCAUCACUUCCCGGCUACUAGCAACGGUCCAGUUUCCAGCGUAUUCCUUCAGACGGAAGCAUUGUCAAGUUCCGCAGAAUCUGACGAUGAGCGCUCAGAAAUAACAACAUCCACUGAAAACCAAUCAGCUGGUUAUGAAUGUCGGCGAGAUGGGUAUGAAAUAGAGUGCGCCGAGGCAAAAAUAAAAAUUGAACCUACAGAUGGCGACGUAAAAUCGCACCCUGAAACAACGGUACUCAUGAAAGGAGAGCAAUUUGAAACUAAAACGAAAUUUCUCAAGGAAGAGAAAAAAGAAAACAUUGCCAGGUGGUGGAAAAAUGACGCAGAUGAUGAGGACGAGAAGCCCGGUAAAAUUGAAGUAAAAAUUAAUGGUCAGAGAGACGAAGAAAUGAUGCCGCCUCCGAAAGCUCCACCGCCGUCUGUCAUGGCUGCAUCUCAUCGUGCGCAGAAAAUUUCGACCCACCCAAGAAACGCUGACAUGCGCAUGACUUCGAAGACGACACGCUCCUACGGAACCCGGACCGACGAUACUCGUUUUCCUCCAGGAAUAUCAGCAGAAGUGUGGCGCGCCCACGUGCAUUCUCUGACAGUAACUUUUGAUGAGCGCGGGUUUUAUGAAACUCAUAAGUCGAAAGCCUCAGUCUCUCUUCAUAAUCCUGCCGAAAGAUAUGCUUUAGAGACACAAGAAUAUGAUGCAGCAAGGCCUGAAACAAGCGGUUACCAUCAAGCCGGUGAGCAAAAUCCUACCAUUAAUGUGCAAAGCUUCUACCAACGACAAGCAGCCACCGGAUCGCGGAAGUUGUCGCAGCCUCGCCGCAAAGACGAAAACGUCGUAUCUUCUUCGAUCAGCGACUUAGUAUAACCCCCGGUAUUCACCUCUCGUCUCGUGUGUCAUCUCGCUUCUUGCCUCCGG